AUGUAUGUAUGUAUAUAUAUAUAUACACCAUAUACAUAUGUACAUUUAUAUAUAUAUAUAUAUAUACAUACGUACAUACACACACACACACAUACAUUGUUCUACCCCAGGCACUUGUUCUGCAAAUCCGCCAAUUCAGUUGCCCACGAGCCAUCUUGUGACCUGUACACCGAGCAGCCAGCCUUCACUCAACAGUCUUCGCUACAGGUCCGGCCUACGGAGGUCGUGCUGGCGACGGAGCGCAACACUCUCCUGCACACCACCCUCGACACAGAGGGUGACAUGAAGCAAUCUGGCUUUGGAGCCUUGAAUACAACUUGGGUACACGGUACCCAGUCUGCCCCUGCGACGGUCCUCGCGUUGGCGGAGAGUCGCAACAACCUGACGCUCAAUGCAACCCUGAACGCCAGCCUGGGCUCGGAUUCGCAGAGCGGAAUGUGGUGGCAUUGUGUUGGUGGCCAAGUUCAUCGUCAUGGUCGCUGCGAGUCCCUGCUGGUGGGUGCCACAGUGGCCCUCCACCAACAUAAUCACAACAGGUUUGUCAACAUGUGGGGAAGUGACCUGGUUUGGUCACCUCACAGAAAUUGGGACCAUUUGCCACGCGGUUGGACAUCGACCUUUUUCAGAGUUCAUCGGAAAGGCUAUGAGUGCCAAACACACAGAAGAAGAAUGCGACAUCCUUGUCACGUGAAGGUCGGCUUCCACAACCCUCGAGAGAACAGAUGGAUCCGGCUACGAAACAACCACGACAUGGAUGGCGCUCCAUGGUUUGGCAGCUGGGAAAGCUUUAAUGUCGUGGACGCUGGUGGCGGGAAGGUGGCUCUUCACUGCGACGUCCACAACAGGUAUAUGCGGAUGCCACAUCGGCAUCACAUGGACACCAGCUCUCAUCGAAACUCUUGGGAUCUGCCGUGGAACUGGGGCUGGGAGCGCUUCAAACCCGUCUCUGCUUUUCUGCGGCACGGCACCAUCGUCGCGCUUUGGAACGCCGGGCACCACCGCUUCAUGCGCAUGAACGCACACAACGGCCGCAUGGACGGCUCGCCGAGGAAGCAUCUCCACCACUUCCCCUCUGGCUGGCAAUGGGAGAAGCUCCGGGUGGUGGAUGCCGGCUACGGCCAAGUCGCGCUGCACAGCGCGUCCAGCAACCGCUUCGUCAAGAUGACUGGUCGACGACGUAGAAUUGACAUGAUUCGCUCGCCACAUCGCAAUUGGCAUCAGCUGCCUGGUGGCUGGGAUUCCGAACGCUUCACGGUCGUCGAUGCGCACGGCCACGGCCGCGUCGCUUUGCACAACCCUUGGAAGAACCGCUUCAUCAAGAUGUGCAACCACGGCGAUGGUUGCCAAAGCCCUCACAGGGAUCCUGAUGCGCUGCCCCACAAUUGGGGCUCGGAAUUCUUCCAUGUUCUCGAGAUCAAGCCUUGCCAUACCGGUGGUGGUGGCCAUUGCAGUCAAUGCCAAGAUCCAUGGCACCGACAUGUGAACAAUCACUGCCGCGCAUGCAACCAUGGCUACUACUUGCACGGCCACCACUGCCACCCAUUCACCUGCACGGGCGGCCAUCACCGUGUCUGCGGCACCUGCGUCGCCCAGCAACAUCGUCGGCACCACAACCACUGCGCGAGCUGCAACGCCGGUCACUUCCGUCUCGGCAGCCGCUGCCAGUCCCUGCUGCUGGGUGCCACGCUGAGCUUCCACCAACCCAAUCACAACCGCUUCGUGCAAAUGUGGGGGUCCGACAUGGUGUGGACUGGUCACCGGAAUUGGAACCACCUCCCAAGAGAUUGGACAUCGACCUUCUUCAAAGUCUUUCACGGCGGCGAUGCCAAGAUCCGCUUGCUCAACCCGCGAUUCAACAAAUUGAUGCGACUGCGAAACAACAACGACAUGGAUGGCUCGCCUCACUGGGGAAGCUGGGAGACCUUCACGGCUGUGGAUGCUGGUGCUGGCAAGGUGGCUCUUCACUGUGCGGCCCACAACAAGUACAUGAGGAUGCCGCACCGUCAUCACAUGGACACCAGCUCUCAUCGCAACGCCUGGGAUCUGCCGUGGAACUGGGGCUGGGAGCGGUUCAAACCGGUCUCUGCUUUUCUGCGGCACGGCACCAUCGUCGCGCUUUGGAACGCCGGGCACCACCGCUUCAUGCGCAUGAACGCACAUAACGGCCACAUGGACGGCUCGCCAAGGAAGCAUCUCCACCACUUCCCCUCUGGUUGGCAAUGGGAGAAGCUCCGGGUGGUGGAUGCCGGCUAUGGCCAAGUCGCUCUGCACAGCGCGUCAAGCAAUCGCUUCGUCAAGAUGAGUAGUCAUGACAUGAUUCGCUCGCCACAUCGCAACCACCAUCAGCUGCCUUGGGGCUGGGGUUCCGAACGCUUCACGGUCGUCGAUGCGCACGGCCACGGCCGCGUCGCUUUGCACAACCCUUGGAGGAACCGCUUCAUCAAGAUGUGCAACCACGGCGAUGGUUGCCUCAGUCCUCACAGGGACCCGCACUCGCUGCCCCACAAUUGGGGCUCGGAGUUCUUCCACGUGCUCGAGAUCAAGCCUUGCCACACCGGCGGCGGCGGCCACUGCAAAACCUGCCAAAACCCAUGGCACCGACAUGUCGACCACCACUGCGCCACGUGCAAUCCGGGCUACUACAGGCAUGGCCACGGCUGCAAGGCCUACAGCUGCACGGGCGGCGUUCAUCGCAUUUGCCACGCCUGCGUCGCCCAGCAUCAGCGCAGGCAAAAUGACCACUGCGGAGUCUGCGACGGCGGCCACGUCCUCCGCGGAACACGCUGCCAGUCCUUGAUGCUGGGUGCCACGGUGGCUUUCCACAAUCGCCAUCACCACGGUCGCUUCGUCGCUAUGUGGGGCCACGACAUGGUCUGGACAGGCGUCCGAAGAUAUGACAGCCUGCCCAAGGAUUGGACCUACAGCUUCUUCCGGGUCCACUUCGCAGGUGACGCGAAGAUUGGCUUGCACAACCCACGAGAAAACCGGUGGAUCCGGUUGAGAAACAACCAUGACAUGGACGGCGCACCCCACAGGGGAAGCUGGGAGACCUUCACAGCCGUGGAUGCCGGAGGGUGGGAGGUGGCCCUGCACUGCGCGGCCCACAAUAAGUACAUGCGGAUGCCGAACAAGCGCGAGAUGGACACAAGCUCUCAUCGCAACCCCUGGGACCUCCCCGGUGGCUGGGGCUGGGAGCGCUUCCGGCCAGUCUCGGCUCUUCUCCGGCACGGCACCAUUGUGGCGCUGUGGAACGAGAUCCACCACCGCUUCAUGCGCAUGAAUGCCCACAACGGGCACAUGGACGGCUCUCCAUCCAAGCACUUGCACCACUAUCCCGCCCAUGGGUGGGGAUGGGAGCCCUUCCGGGUGGUGGACGCUGGUUUCGGACAAGUCGCCCUGCACAACGCGCACAACAACCGUUUCAUCAAAAUGGCUCACGACAUGAUUCGUUCACCGACUCGCAACUGGAACCAGCUGCCUGGCGGCUGGGGCUCCGAGCGGUUUACCAUCGUCGAUGCAGGUCAUAGCCAUGGGGCCCAAAAGGUCGCACUGCACAACUCGCACUACAACCGCUUUGUCUCCAUGUGUCACCAUGGCGAUGGGUGCGUGAGUCCUGGCAAGGCUCCUGACCAUUUGCCCGGUGGGUGGACGUGGCAGCAGUUCCACGUGCUCGAGAUCAAGCCUUGCACCACCGGCGGCGGUGGUCACUGCAAGACUUGCCAAAACCCAUGGCAUCGACAUGUCAACCACCACUGCGCCACCUGCAACGCCGGCUACUACAGGCACGGUCACCACUGCAAGGCCUACAGCUGCACGACCGGACGGUAUCGCCUCUGCGGCUCCUGCGUGGCACAGCACCAGCGCACGCAAAACGACCACUGUGCAAGCUGCAACGGUGGCCACGUUCUCCGUGGAAAGCGCUGCCAGUCCCGGCUGUUGGGUGCGACGGUGGCCUUGCAUAACCCGCACCACAAUCGCUUUGUGGAGAUGAAACACUCCAACUUGGUCCGGACUGGAGGGAAGAGGGCCGAUCAACUGCCGGGCAGCUGGUCGUCGACGUUCUUCCGCGUCUACUUCAAAAGUGAUGCCAAGAUUGGUUUGCACAACCCGAAAGACAACAAAUGGAUCCGGCUGAGAGACAAUAGUGACAUGGAUGGCGCGCCGCACUUCGGAAGCUGGGAGACCUUCACCGCGGUCGAUGCGGGCUCCGGGCAGGUGGCCCUCCACUGUGCUGCCCACAACAAGUACAUGCGCAUGCCGGAUCGCCAUGCCUUGGACACCAGCUCUCAUCGCAACGCCUGGGACCUGCCGAAUGGCUGGACUUGGGAGAAAUUCCGGCCAGUAUCGGCUUUGCUGCGGCCCGGCACCACCGUGGCGCUGUGGAACGAUAUCCACAAACGCUACCUGCGCAUGAAUGGGCACCACGACAAAAUGGAUGGAUCUCCGAAGUUGGGCAAAAUGGCAGACAUGCCAGCCCGUUGGGACUGGGAGCUGUUCCGGGUGGUGGAUGCCGGCUAUGGCCAGGUGGCCUUGCACAACCACGUCAGCAAUCGCUUCAUGAAGAUGGGUGGCCACGACAUGAUUCGCUCGCCGCAGAAGAACUGGGACCAGCUGCCCGUGGGCUGGGGCUCGGAGAAGUUCACCGUGGUGGACGCAGGUGGCGGCAAGGUGGCCCUGCACCACGCCGAGCACAACCGCUUCGUGUCCAUGUGCACCCACGGCGAUGGGUGCAUCAGUCCUCACAAGGCUCCGGAUCACCUGCCCGGUGGAUGGACGUGGCAGCAGUACCAUGUGCUCGAGAUCAAGCCUUGCACCACCGGCGGCGGCGGCCACUGCAAAACUUGCCAAGGGCCAGCGCACCGACAGGUCAACCACCACUGCGCCACCUGCAACGCCGGCUACUACAGGCACGGUCACCACUGCAAGGCCUACAGCUGCACGACCGGACGGUAUCGCCUCUGCGGCUCCUGCGUGGCACAGCACCAGCGCACGCAAAACGACCACUGUGCAAGCUGCGACGGUGGCCACGUCCUCCGUGGAAAGCGCUGCCAGUCCCGGCUGUUGGGCGCGACGGUGGCCUUCCACAACCCAACUUUCAACCGUUUUGUGGAAAUGGCACACUCGAAUGUGGUCCGGACUUCAGCGAAGAAGGCCGACCAGCUGCCCAGCAAUUGGCAGUCCACUUUCUUCCGUGUCCAAUUCAAAAGUGAUGGCAAGAUCGGCUUGUACAACGCGAAAGACAACAAAUGGAUCCGGCUGAGAGACAACAGUGACAUGGAUGGCGCGCCGCACUUCGGAGGCUGGGAGACCUUCACCGCGGUCGAUGCGGGCUCCGGGCAGGUGGCUCUCCACUGUGCUGCCCACAACAAGUACAUGCGCAUGCCGGACCGCCAUGCCUUGGACACCAGCUCUCAUCGCAACGCCUGGGACCUGCCGAAUGGCUGGACUUGGGAACGCUUCCGGCCCGUCGCGGCUUUGCUGCGGCCCGGCACCACCGUGGCGCUGUGGAACGAUAUCCACAAACGCUACCUGCGCAUGAAUGGGCACCACGACAAAAUGGAUGGAUCUCCGAAGUUGGGCAAACUGACAGAUGUGCCCCGCGGAUGGACUUGGGAGCUGUUCCGCGUCGUGGAUGCCGGCUAUGGCCAGGUGGCCCUGCACAACCACGUCGUCAAUCGUUUCAUGAAAAUGGAUCACGACAUGAUUCGCUCGCCGAAGAAAGACUGGAACAAGCUGCCUUCGACCUGGGGCGCGGAGAAAUUCACCGUGGUGGACGGAGGUGGCACGGUGGCCCUGCACCACGCGGUGCACAACCGUUUCGUGUCCAUGUGCAGCCACGGCGAUGGGUGCAUCAGCCCUCACAAGGCCCCGGAUCAUUUACCCACAGGAUGGACGUGGCAGAGGUUCCACGUGGUUGAGAUCAAGCCAUGCCACACCGGCAGCGGCACCAAAUGCAAGACCUGUGAAGAUCCGUUUCACCGCGAGGUCAACGACCAUUGCACCGCGUGCAACGCCGGUCAUUUCCUCUCCGGCAAACGCUGCAAGGUCAUCAUUUACAAAUGCGAUCCCGGAUCCGGGAGCAAGUGCAAGACCUGCGUGGCGGCCAAAGACCGCAAGGUUGAUAACCACUGUGCCAGCUGCAAUGCCGGAUGGCAGCUGAAAGACAGGAAAUGCCAGGCCGUUGCCUGCCCUGCGAACUCAGCCGGCACAAAUGUGGGAUCUGGGUGCAGCUGCAAUGCAGGCUAUUCGGGCAGCAUCGCAGCUGCUUCCUCCGCGCCCUUCUACACAGGUUCUUGCAACGCCGUGGCCUGCCCAUACGCAUCGACCGGUGCGAACGUUCCCGCCGGAUGCAAGUGCUACAACGGCUACGAGGGCAGUGUGACGGCCACAACAGGCUCGCCAUUCUACACCUACAGCUGCAAGUCUGUGCUCGUUGGCGGCACGUUCGCCCUCCAUGCCACGGUCCACAAUCGCUUCCUGCGCAUGAAUGGUGAAAACAUGGAGCGGACCUCGGCGAAGGCCAGCGCGAAGCUGCCAUCCGACUGGGUCAAGUCCUUCUUCCGCAUCGUCGAUGCCGGCGCAGGCAAGAUUGGCCUCUACAACGCCCCGAACAACAAGUACAUCCGCAUGAACCAUGAGGACAUGGAUGCGGUGGCCUGGCGAGCAUCCUGGGAGAGCUUCUCCGUGUACGACGCUGGCAAGGGCGAGAUCGCUUUGCACUGCGACGUCUUCAAUCGCUUUGUCCGCAUGCGGGAUAAUGACAAGGUGGAUGCCAGCGGCGCUUCCAAGACCCUUCCGGCCGGCUGGACAUGGGAGCGCUUCAAGCCAGUCCAGGUCCUCCUCAAGCCCGGCAGCGAGAUUGCUCUGCACAACUCGAUCUUCAAUCGGUUCAUGCGAAUGCACGGUGACGCCAACAAGAUGGAUUCCUCAGAUGUGAAGAACAUCAACGCGCUGCCCGAUGGGUGGACCUGGGAGCGCUUCAAGGUGGUCGAAGCUGGCUUCGGGCAGAUCGCCCUCCACAGCAGCAUCCACAACCGCUUUGUGCGAAUGUGGCACGGGGACAUGGAUCGAAGUUCGAACAAGGAUGCCGGUGCCUUGCCGGUUGGCUGGUGGGCAGAGCGCUUCACAGUCGUUGACUGCGGCGGCGGCAAGGUCGCGUUCCACAACGCGCGCUUCAACCGCUUCGUUCGAAUGAACCACGGGGACAUGGAUCGCAGCGCGACGAAGGCUGGUGAUGCGCUGCCCAGUGGAUGGACCUGGGAAUGCUUCACACCUAUUGAGGCGUUCACCUGCAAGACUGGAUCUGGCAGCAGCUGCAGGGGCUGCGUUGCACCCGGCUCGCGAACCGCCACGGACCACUGCAACAGCUGCAAUGCUGGCUAUGCGCUCGUUGGCAGGGUGUGCAAGAGCGAGCACGCCGUGACCAGCGCCCCGUCGGCGAGAGGCGACGACAAGACUACCACAGCGACGUGCCCGGCUGGCAUGUACAUCAAGAAGUGCGAGGUGAUCAAGGUCGGAUCUGGAAAUCUGGCAGACGGUGCUGUUGUCAGCGACGAUGCAACGAAGUGCACUGCACAGAGCACCUUCCCAGACAUGCGCGUGAAGGCCAAGGCCUCCUGCAGCACCAAGAAGACCUACGCCGUCUCAACUCCCGCGUGGCGGACAGGUACCAAGACAGCUUCCUGUGCCAAGCCUUUGUCCUGCAACUGUCGAUCUGCGUGGAGAGUCAAGGAUCAGUGCUGGUCUGGCCACCAGACGGCUGCCACCUUUAACCCUUCGCAGGGCAAAUGCACUCGAAAGUCCGGCAGCAACGGCAUUCAGGUCACGGCUGUGUGCGAGGUCCUUCCGUGCAGCACUGGCGCGAACGCCGGCUGCAAGAGCUGCGUCGGGGAAAGGGAGCGUCAGGUGGUCAACCACUGCGCCUCGUGCAAUGCCGGGUACUAUUUGGACGGUGGUGUCUGCAAGGCCUAUUCCUGCCACAAGACCCUCGGCUCGGGCUGUGCCAGCUGCCGCGCUCAGAACCAGCGCACGGCGCACAACCAAUGCGCCAGCUGCAACUUCGGUUGGGCGCUGGUGGGCACACAAUGCAAGGAUGAUCACGUCGUUCUUAGUGGGUUUUCGGGCAGCCGCGAUGACGACACCACUUCAGCCACUUGCCCUAACGGCAUGUAUGCACACAAGUGCGAAGUUGUGGAAGUGCAGGGAGCAGGAGGUGGCCGAAGGCGCCGCCGUGGACAGAACAGCAAGCUCGGGGAUGGCCUGGAUGUGCCGAAUGCGCAGACCUGCACAGUGUGGAUUUUACCACGGACUGACGAUGAGUAUGGCUAUGAGAUUGUGGCGAUUACAACCGGCGGAGUCAAGCUGAAGAGCAAAGCGCACUGCAGCACCACCGAGACGGAAGCUGGGAGUACUCGCGAGACUGGUGACAUUGUAGCUGCCGAGGACAGCGGCAGUCGAUGGAAGAAGGGUCGUCUAAUUCCCAAGUUUCCGGCUUGUGAGCAUGGUGGACAGACCUUGCGCGCUUUUCAGAAGUGGAUGAACGCAAGUUGGGCUCGCUUCAAGCGCAUCAAGCCAGGCUCCCUGGUCCUUGGUUGGAUUCGGAUUCGGGGCUUCGUGAUUAAGGCAAUGUGGUCCCGAGCCGUGCAGCUGAUGUCGCAUGUCGCAAACUCGGAGUUCAAAUCCCAGGCAUGGCGAGUCAACGAUUACUGCAAGGACCGUUGCCGCGUGCAUGACCUCGUCUCAAACCUGUAUGCGGUGCUGCCGAUACACCCAUUUACACGUAGAGCCUGGACAAGCCAUGCACGAUACGCGAGCAUGGACACGGAACUCGACAACAAACUUCCAGUGCGAGCUUUAGUAAUGCGUUUGGAGGCGGGUCCAAACAACAAUGGCUGGGCCGCCACCUUCAAGCCGAUCCGCGGAAAGUGCAAGCGCGCCUCGGCGUACUGUGAGCUUACGCGGACCACGGAUGCGCCCAGCAGAGAAUUUUUUUUGGACCACAGCGACACUUUCUUGCGGCCCUCCCAACUAACCUGUCCUUUGGUCCUCUGUGGUAGCACUGCCUUGCUGGAUAUGAGGCUUCUCGCCUGGAGCGAUGCAGCAGUUUCGCAGGAUGCCCAGAUGGAGACUUGGAUGGUUGCUGUACGCCGGCAGCCUGCCCCGCUGGCUCCACUGGCACAGACGUUCCAAGCAUCCUGGCGCUUCACCCAGAACAAACCACCCGAGUCCGAAGCACUGGGCCGCACCGUAGCAGCAAUAGCCGGUCCCACCGGGUGCAUAAAGAACCAGCACGACACCAGUGGCAAUGCGAACAGUGCUAGCCUGAACCAACCAGAGCCUGGACGAGGCUACACUGGCUCCAUUGCUGUCAGCGGCAAGUCUCCAUUCUACACAGGCAGCUGCGCAGCUGUGGAUUGCCCGGAUAACUCCGAGGGCAGCAACGUGCCGGGUGGCUGUGCAUGCAAAGCAGGCCCAGGGGCACACGGCUACUCUGGCAAAAUCACGGCUACGAGCUCUUCUCCCUUCUACAGCGGCACCUGCGUUGCGACCUGUGCGCUCUUCACCUGCCCGAAAGGCUACAAGCCCAAAGCCAGCACCACAGUGGCGAACUCUCUCAGAUCCACCGGCACUGCCGUCCAUAGCGGUUGCAGCUGUGAUGCUGGCCACUCCGGCACCAUCAGCCGGAGCCCCGAUGCUGUGCAACAAGCUCCGCUCCGUAUUUCUCCGGGCCAGCGCCCCAAGCAAGGGGUCGACUGCCGACGUGCUCAACUGUGGCGUGCCCUGACAACUCUGAAGGGGCUCACGCUACUCGGCCAGCAAGGCGUCCCCUUUUUACACGGGAUCCUGCGCAGCGGUCGCGUGUCCAGCAGACUCUUCGGGCAAGGCAUCUCGGACGUGCCCAGCGGCUGCAGCUGCAAUGUCGGCUUCUCCGGCAAGAUCAAGUCAUCGGCGACGCAUCUCGGAUCCAUGUCGCCAUUCUACACGGGCAAAUGCGCAGCCGUGGACUGCCCUGCUCACUCUUCCGGCACAGACCUUCCCACUGGCUGCACCUGUGAUGCUGGCUACUCCGGGAGUGUCACGGCCGUGCUUCUUGACUUGUCCAUGAGCGAGGAGCGGGAAGAAAUAUCAGUGAGAGUGCAACACCCUGCGAAAGAUCCCGAGACAAGCGCUGAAAUCAGUCAGCCUAGGAAGACCUCGCCCUUCUACAGCGGUGGCUGCACAGCCGUGAGCUGCCCAGCCAAUUCCAAGGGCAGCAACGCCGCUGUGAUGCAGAUAGCUUGGCGCAAGCGCGGGGCAAAGCGGGGUAUGGCAGGUAAGUGUUAUCGUACAUGGGCGAUGUGGCAAUUGCAUGAAGCUUACAGUUGGCUCGCCGUUCUACUCCGGCUCAUGCGUUGCCACCUGCAGCCACUUCGAAGCAGCUUCUACAUUCUAGGCCUCUUCAGCUGCCCCAAGGGCUACCAGCCCAAAGCCGGCAGCACCGUCGGAAACGACCUAGCCGCUUGCUGCGAUGCGGUGGCAUGCCCCGCGAAGUCCACGGGCAAGGACUCGACAGAAUAUUCGUCGCUAGAUGCUUCCAAGGAUGUGCCGACGGGCUGUGCAUGCAACGGCGGCUAUCAGGGGCUCCCUUCUACUCCGGCAGCUGCGAAGCCGUGGCUUGCCCCGCACGUUCCACGGGCACCUCAAUUCCAGAUGGAUGCACGUGCAAAGCAGGGUACAGCGGAAGCAUCUCCACUGCGACGAGCUCGCCCUACUUCACCGGCGAAUGCAAGCACGUGGACUGCCCGGCGAAGUCCAGUGGACGCAACGUCGUCAAGGGCUGCGCUUGUGAUGCGGGCUUCUCCGGCAAAGUCACGGCCACCAAAAGUGCACCGCGGCCCGGCCGGCAAUGGGACGCAGAUGUCGCCUCCGGCUGCACCUGUGACGCAGGCUAUUCUGGCACCAUCACCGCAUCCAGCGCUUCGCCUUUCUACACUGGAGCCUGCCGACCCGUCGAAUGCCCGGCCCACUCCACGGGAACAGUGCCAAGGGGCUGCAAGUGUCAUGCCGGCUACUCCGGCACCAUCUCGGCCACCUCUGCGGCGCCUUUCUACAGCGGCAGCUGCCAGCCAGUAG